AUGUCUACCCCGCAGGAUGACAGUGUGCAAUCUCACAACUAUUUCCUCUCCUUCGGCUGCAGCUUCGUCACUAGUCUGACUCUGGCUAAGGUCAAUCGCAGUAAAUAUUUGGUGCCGCCUGCCUGGAAUGGGGAGGGAUGCUUCCGUAAAACGGGCAAGAAAACCUCAGAGACCGACAGGGGACAUCACAAUGAGGACAUGGCUCCAGAGAGUCCAAAACCUGCUCAUAGUCUCCUUCCUGCCCAGGAGGCAGCGAAGUCGGAUCUGGACUGUCUGACUGCUAAUGUCCAACUUGGGCCCAGCAGAACGGCUCCCGCAAAGAAGGGUAGCAAGAAGAAGAAGGGCCGUUCUGCCAUCAACGAGGUGGUGACCCGAGAAUACACCAUCAACAUUCACAAGCGCAUCCAUGGAGUGGGCUUCAAGAAGCAUGCCCCUAGGGCACUCAAAGAAAUCUGGAAAUUUGCCAUGAAGGAGAUGGGGACUCCAGAUGUGCUCAUUGAUACCAGGCUCAAUAAAGCCAUUUGGGCCAAAGGAAUAAGGAAUGUUCCAUACCGUAUCUAUGUACAUUUGUCUAGAAAACGUAAUGAGGACGAGGACUCACCAAACAAGCUCUACACAUUAGUAACUUACAUACCUGUUACCACAGUCAAAAAUCUACAGACAGUCAAAAUGGAUGAGAACUAA